GACGUCGAGGUGAUCAGGCGAGGGAGGAAGCUGCUCUCAGAUCUUCGACCAUACGGCUUGGAUUUACGGUGAACUCCAGCUGAAUGAUGAUGAAUCUAAAUAAUAACUGUGCUGCUGACCUCUAAAGAUUAUUACAAUAAUGCAAAAAAAUUCCGGUGAAAAACUAGAUUACAACGGUAGCAGUUUAGAGGUAUCCAUCAGAAUGAGUUUGUUGCCAGAGAAGUGCUUCUGCUUUAGUCUGAGGCGUGGCACUAUUGCUCAGGGAGUUCUAUGUCUGGUUACAAGCAGUAUCAACGUUCUGAUUGUUCUCACGGGCCUUGGAGAUUUCCUAGAUCGAAGGAUAUAUGACUUUUGUUGGCCUAACGAAGAUUGCUACGACAAGCUAAAAGCUUUAGAGAAAACGCUUGCCAUAGCAAAUAUCGUCAUCAACGCAUUUUUCUACAUGUUCAGCAUACUUCUUCUCAUUGGCGUCAGAGAUAAUAAGCCACAGUACAUGGUGCCGUUCAUGUUCGUUCAAGGUCUGGUAAUCAGCGCUCUGGUACCCUCUGCCUUGACGGCUCUGGUCAUCUGCGCACGGGCUGGGUCUUGCCUGGAAUGGCUCGCGAUAUCGUUUUGUUCGUUGGUCUACAUAUCCAUAAAUAUUUACCUGGCUUUAGCGGUUCGUGCUUACUACCACAAGAUGAUGAAAACAACGGCUUCAAAGGAAUCCGCCUGUAUGAAAGAGAGUUUCGACACCAAGAAAGAGCUGACAUUGGAGGAUUUUGUAUUUUGAAAAUGAAGAUAUUUAUUCCUUUCUGGGGAUGAUCUUGCCCUACCAGAUGCAAAGUACCUGACAGUCCGUUUAACCAUUUUUGUUCUGCCGGAGUCGUCUUAUUUCUAAAAUGAAAUCUUCGAUAUUUAAAAUUUUGUAACUUCUGCACAGUAGUUGUACUCGGGUGCAAACCAAUAUUUUACAUCCAAUCAUCACAGGGUGUGGUAAUAAUUUGUUACGAAGUAUGAUGUUCAUGAAAUAUCUUAAAAUUGAUUAUUUUCUAUUCUUGUGAAAUAACUAGGCGAAAUUCACGCUCAGAAAGGCAACUUUGUCUUUAAAAGUUAACAACAGGCACCAAGCGCUAUUCAACCAUAAGCUUUAACUGGUCGUAAUGACUUUAACCAAAGGCUACCGGUAGCCCCAUUGGCCCAUUACAAUCUCGACCGAUAAAGAAAAAUUUCAUCGUACACUCUUCAACAAAAAAGGCGACACCAACACAAGUCUCUCAAACAUCACAUCACAUCACAUCCCACUGCCACACUCGACCAACACGAGUGCCACUUUUUUUUACUGGCUACAGUUCCGUCUUGUUUGGAAGUCAGUGGCCAGUUAGUGGUUGGAUUGGACGAAACUUAGUUACGCAAAUAGUGGACAUAGUAUAAAGGCAAGUUUUAUAAGGCGAACAACUCUAAAAAGCCAUCACAUUUCAGAAAUUUCAAUUUUAGCAUAAAUCCGAUUAAUUUUUACGCAGCCACACUAUAUUGUUUGCCGAUUUCCAACCUCUAAAAUCCAAAGCAAACGACACAGACAGAAACAUCACAUACGGUCAAUUUAAUAAUGUCUCAUUACAAUCUUGUUGAUACGAAAAAUUUGAAAAACACACCUUCAGCACCUAUUUCGCAUAUAAUAUAAACGUCAUAUGAAAAUGGGAAAAUGCACGCUUUACGUCAUGCACUUAUUUAUUAUAGCAGAGCUACAUCUAAUAUUCAGGUAAUUCUAAAGAAUAACUCCGCACGGACUGCAAGGAACGUAACCGCGAAUACGACAUCCACUAGGGAUUGGGGCAUCCAAUGUAUUUCGCCGUGUUUAGUACUGGCUCCUGGGGGUUAAUUACAGUCGACCGUCUAAAAAUAGCGGUAAAUUCUUAAUAAGCAACCCGAAUACUUUAGGAAACUGUAAUUUCCAAAGAAAUACCCGACGCGGAGUUAUUAUUUAUAUUUACCAAACUAUAAUUCUAUAUGCACUUACCUCCUACCUCCUUUUGCCAUUUGGAAAAUCACGUCACUAAGUUCAUAUGGGACUAGAGCCAGCAUGUGCGGCA